ACAUGGAGUGAAGAGCAGAUUAGGUCAGAGUGUGAUGGUUUGUUCGAAGAUAARACAGGGAGGUAACUUUACAGACUGCUUCUCUGAAAGUCUCUCUGUUUUAUUCUGUAAAACAAGUUGUUUUAAGAUCACGUGGAGUUUUUAUUUACCUGUUUACCUCCUUCCUGCAGGUUUCACCACAGUGAAAGAUUUCACAACGUGUUGUUCUUCCUGACCUCAUGGCUCCAGACCUGCAGCCUCAGAUAACCACACUAACACCCGCAGUGCUGCAGCACCUGGGAAACAAUGCUGCUGGACUCUUGUCGGCUGAUGGUUUCCUGUUUGUGUGAAAGUCCAGGAGCACCCACCCCUCUCCAGUCAGGAUGGACCCGUCCAGGCAAAAGCACUUCUCGGUUGUGGACUACGUUAUAUUUGCAGUUCUGCUGGCUGCCUCAGCGGGUAUCGGGCUGUAUUAUGCCCUGUCUGGGGGCCGGCAGCGCACCACGCAGGAGUUCUUGUUGGCGGACAGGAGCAUGCGCUGCCUCCCCGUCUCCCUGUCCCUCAUCGCCUCCUUCCAGUCGGCCGUGGCCAUCAUCGGAGUCCCUGCUGAGAUCUACACCCACGGUACUCAGUACUGGUUCAUGGGCUGCGCUUAUGUUUUAGGACUUUUAAUCCCGGCUCAUGUUUUCAUUCCGGUGUUGUACAGACUGCGACUCUCCAGUGCUUACCAGUAUCUUGAACUGCGGUUCAGCAAAGCCGUGCGAGUCUGUGGGACUUUGACCUUCAUCUUUCAAAUGGUGGUCUACAUGGGUGUUUGUGUGUACACACCAGCAUUUGCACUAAAUGCAGUUACAGGAUUUGAAUUAUGGGGAACAGUUUUGGUGACAGGACUGGUGUGCACCUUGUACACGACUGUGGGCGGUUUGAAGGCUGUCAUCUGGACAGACGUCUUUCAGACUGCUGUCAUGUUUGCGGGCCAGCUGGCUGUUAUAGUGGUGGGAGUGCAGAGGGCUGGAGGAGUGUCCGAGGUCUGGAGGAAGGUGUUGGAGGGAAACCGUAUCUCCGGUCUGGACUUAAACCCAGAUCCCACAGAGAGACACACCUUCUGGACUCUGGGUGUUGGUGGAGUUUUCCUCAUGCUGUCUCUGUAUGGGGUGAACCAGGCUCAGGUCCAAAGGUACCUGAGCUCUCGUACAGAGAGAGACGCUGUCAGGUCGUGCUACAUGGUCUUCCCGUCUCUGCAGCUGGCUCUGGCUCUGAGCUGCAUCAUGGGCCUGGUCAUGUUUGCUCAGUACUGUGGAGAGGACCACGCUGACAAACUGAAGAGCUCCUCCAGGGACGCAAUGGUCAUAUACUUCGUCAUGGACAUGCUGCAGGGCCUGCCUGGGCUGCCUGGACUGUUUGUUGCAUGUUUAUUCAGCGCUGCUCUCAGCACUAUUUCCUCUGCCUUCAACUCUUUGGCUACUGUGACGAUGGAAGAUCUCAUCAAACCACAGUUCCCCUCCAUGUCUGAGGCCAGAGCCACUCUGGUGUCCAAAGCUUUAGCUUCGUCCUAUGGACUGCUCUGUCUGGCCAUGGCUUAUCUCACUCACCUGAUGGGCGAUUCAGUUUUACAGGUGGCAUUGAAAAUCUUCGGGAUGGUUGGCGGUCCGAUUCUUGGUGUGUUUUGUCUCGGGAUGUUCUUUCCAUGUGCCAACUCCACAGGUGCAGUUACUGGUCUGGGUGCAGGACUGCUCAUGGCUUUCUGGGUCGGUAUUGGAAGCAUCGUCACUCGUAGCUCUAAAACAGAACUGCUGGCACCCAGCUGUCACUUUGUCCUGGAGUCCGAGAACACGACGUCAGCCUUACAGACCACAUUUAGGAACAUCACAAGUAGACCCUCUGGACUGAGGAGGUUCUACUCUUUGUCCUACAUGUGGUACAGUGGCUUCAGCUGCUUCACAGUCAUUCUCACAGGGCUGAUCAUCAGUUUUCUCACAGGCCCAAUGAAAGAGGAGGACGUGACUCCAGGAACCAUCUAUCCUUUAGGAGAGAAGCUGCUUUGUUUUCUACCUGAAUGUGUCCAGAAGAAGCUCUGCUGUGUGACUCAGCCUUUGUCAGAAGAAGAAAGGCUGCCUCCACAACACAAAGACUGUAACGGGCUGAGCUGUGGACACCCUCCAUCAUCACAGGAGGAGACAGAGGGUCUUUCCUCUCAGCCCUGCUGCCAUAAUGUGGAGCAGGAAACAGCUGUGUGACGCCAGACUUUCUCAUAUCCAGCUGAAAAUCUUCCUCAGGGGAAAGCGAGCUGUUGGGAACAGCCAUGGAUUUCCAUUUUCUCUCUGUGAUGAGAGGAAGAAGAGGUCCAUGCAGGACUCAGUCUCCUGUCAUCACACUAAAUCUGUUAUUUUUCAAUCAGCUGCUUCGUUGUUAAUGUUAUUAUAUUUGUAACAAUAAAUUGUGCUGAGUCAGCCUUACAUCAGAUGAAA